AUGGCGACGACGACCACGGUACGGGGCGGCGCGCUGAUGUGGCCGACGGCGUGUUUCUGGGGCGCGUGUGGCGUGUUUACCUUGGACAUGGCGUACAACCGGUUCGACCGAUGGUUCUCGGCGUCGGUGUUGGCGUCGGGCUUGCUGAACAUCGCCAUCACGCCGUGGAGCGUAUGCGUGCUGGACGGCUGGUGCGACGACCACCUGUCCACCACGUACCGGCGCUUGUACACCCGGUUGGUGGCGUUCACGUGCCUGCUGUCCCGGGCGACCGUCGUGUACAAGGUGCGCGGACACCUGGCCGGUUUCGGGGGCCGGGAGGAGGAGUACGAACGGAGUUGGCCCACAUCCCGGGCGCACCGGCGCCGGUACCGGGCGUACGCGUCAUCCGUGGUCGCGGCGUACCUGGCCCUCGUCUUGCCCAUCAACCUCACGCGACUGUACCUGUUGUACCGGUACGAGGAGUACGGCGACUCGAUGCUGCUGCUGUUCUUCUUCAACAUGUACCUCCAGAACUGGAGCAUGUGCUGCUUGGAGACGCACUUUGCGCUCCUGUGCUUCGGCGUCUACUUAAAGUUCCGGGCCAUCAACGACGAGCUGUCGGCUGUCCGGUCAGACGUCAUGGUCAGCAACAGGUAUCCGGUGGCGCUCCGGUCGUCGUCGCCGGCGUUAGUGGCCGCGGCCACGUCCGUAUUGCAAGACCCGCGUGGCCGGCCGAUGGAGACGGCCGUCGAGGAGCUCAGGCUCAGGCACGGGCUGACGCGCGAGUCGGUCGAACAGCUCAACAACAUGUUCGGUGGCCAACUGGCCCUGUCGCUCAUCACCCUGUGCAUCAUGAUACUGUUCGACAUCUACAACGAGGCAUUUCACGUGGGCGGCUCGAGUUCUAGAUCGAAAUUCAUCUUCGGCUGGAUUCUCCAAUACCUUUUCCGGUUCUUCGUGAUCGUCAUCACGGCACACAGCACUACCCAAGAGGGCUAUAAAACUAAAGUGCUUGUAACAGAAAUAAACAAUCGGCACUUAAAUAACAAUACGAAAUAUGAGUUACAAUUGUUUCUCAAACAAAUGAAUCACCAAUCCAUUGAUAUAACUGCGUGUGACUGUUUUACAUUAAACUGUCAUCUCGUCGCUUCUGCCAUUGCUGUCGGCACCACGUAUCUCUUUGUUUUAAUACAAUUUCGUUCAGAAAUUACUCAAUUUACGGAUAACAAAAAAUCAUGA